AUAAAUUAAUAAUUUUUUUUAGAAAAAUGGAUAAGAAAAUAUUAUAUAUUUUCAUUUUUGGAAUUAUUUUAAUAUCAUUUGUUUCAACAGCAUUAUCAUUAAAUAUAAACAAUAAUCAAAUAAACAACGAUAAUGAUAAUUUAGAAGAAUUUGCAAGUAAUGAAUGUCAAAUUUGUGAAUUGGUAGUAAAAGAUGUCAUUGACUGUUUAACUUCAAAUAUGUCAAUUCAUGAAAUAGAAAUUGGGGUAGAUUUACUAUGUUUCCGUGUAAUGCCAUUUCAUUCAAAACCAUGCAGAAACUUUAUAAAUUCAAACAUUGAAAAGAUUGUACAAAUUAUUGAAGAUAAUGGUGAUCCAAAUGAAGUAUGUUCAAAAAUUGGUGCAUGUUCAUCAUCAGAGAAUUUAGAAAUUAAAAACAACAUCAACCAAAAUAACCAUUAUAAUGAGAAGAAUUAUCAUCAAAUAAAUAAAUAAUAAAUUAAUUAUAAUAACGCAAACAUGCAAAUAAUUAUAUAGUUACAAUUGUUAAUUAGUAUUUAAAAAAUAAAAAAAUAAAAAAAUAAAAAAAAAAAUAAAUAUUUUUUAUAUAAAUAAAACUAAUUAUAAAUUAUUAAAGUUUAAUAAUUUAAAUCUU